CAAUAGAGUUAUCCUUUUGCAUGAUAGGCCUAGUAUCUAGGGUGAGGUGAUGCCCUAGUACCUGCUUUUUAUCUAUGCUUUUAUCGAGUAAAUAACGACCGAAUGAGAAGUAGUCUAGGAUAUCGAGACCCUUGGAAUACUACAUUGGUCAAUCGUUAUACUGGCAAUGACAUCUCGAGUUAUACUUGACUCAAAAUGGGUUGGUUAGUUCGAGUCGUGCAGCCAAUUAAAUAACCUGCAUGGGGUGCUACCAAGUUUUGCUUGCAUUGAAGUGGAUGCUCUAAGGAGUAAGUGAAGUUCAUUUGGUGGGUCGGAAAGCUGAUUUGGUGCAAAAUUCAUAUUUGCUAAACCUACAAAAUUUUCUCGUUGUUUUCUUGUUUGUUAAAGAUCAGUGACCUGAACUAAUAAUGGGACAAAGAGUGAUGACCUAAUAAUUUAGGUGCCUUUUUAUCAUUUCUCUGUACGAGAACGUUAGAGGAGCGACUUGAGAAUUUUGAUCAUUCAAAGUGUAUUUUUCAAUCCCCUUUGUUAAUUGGACCAUAUUUCAUUCGCUUACACUUGAAAUUAAAGUAAUUUACAUAAAAAGAGCGCCUUAGUAUUAUGUACAUAAUGUUGUUCAUGUUGCUAUAUUUUGAGUGAAAUUUUUUCAAAAUACAUAUUUAUUGUCAUCUUAUCACUAUCAUACCAUCAUCUUUUCAUUGUGGGUAAUACUUCAUACUAUCAUCUUACAACUACUAUAUAAUGGAUCUUACUACUAUGAUAUGAUUAAUAUAAUAUUAUUAUCUUACAUUACCAUCAUCUUAUUACCACUAUUAAAAAUUAACCCCUCAAGGUUAGGAAUAAGUGUUAAAUGAAAUAGAACAAGAACAAAACAAAACAAAAAGUGCUUAUAAGAACGAUGAACGAACGGCUUCGAGACUGCCAGCUCAGCAUUAAUUACAAACAAAGCCUGAAAAUCUGAUCCACAUACCUCGAAGCUCAACCCUUCACUUUCCUCACAAUUACACAUCAGCCCACCCCGAAUUCGACCCGUCAGGCCACCAGGCCACGGCUAGUGACGACAAGGUUGUCAAACCGGUUUAUACCGUUAUGCCGGUUUGGCAAGUGAAAUGGUACGACUGGUGGUAUAACCAGUUUGUGCCGAUUUAAAAAAUGUGAAAAUAAUUAAUAUUCAAUGUAUUUAAUCAUAUAUAAAACAUAUUUGUGGACAAUUUAGUUACAAUCCAACAAACAUAAUCAAUUUUUAACUAUUAAAUUCAUAAAAUAAUAAUAAAUUAGUUUUUUAUUAAUUAAAUUCAUUAAAAUGAUGUCAUUUUGCUUAAAAUGCUGAAGUCGAUCAUACCAAUCAUACGGGUGGUGUCAUGCGGUUUUAUGACCGGCACAGAUUGAACCAUAUAACCCUCAGGGGCAAAAUCGACAAAGUGCCUCCUCCCAUCACCCCCUUCUCUCCUCACGCACCCACCACCACGUCCGCUUAAGGCCAGAUUAGGGCGGAAUCUCCGCUGCUCAAAAUUCUCCCAUCGGAGCGUUUCCAACGAUUUCAAAAAAAUUCGACAAAAUCUUCGGAUCUUUGUAUAAAGAAUCGGAGCCAUCUUCGCAUUUCAUUCACUGCCUUUGCACUGUGAUGCUUCUUCUUCUUCUUCUUCUUCUUCUACCUCUGUAGGUUCCUUCUCCCCAAAAUUCCCAGUCAGUUCUGAUUCUUCAUUGGGUCUGAGAGAUAGCGCGAAGAUGAAAGCCUCCCUCAAAUUCCGCGACGAGCAGAAGCCGCUGUUCCGAGCCAAGGUCCCGCUGAGCAUUCUGGGCUUGCCUUUCCAAUCCGGAAUCGUCGCCGGCGAGGCCAAGGAGCUCUCUCUCAACCUCUCCACGUUCUUCGAUUCCGGCCCGUCGUUCAAGGUCGCCUACCGCCCAAACGAUUCGUGGAAUCCGUUCUCCCUCGUGCUCAAGACGGGGUCGGGUUCGUUCGGCUCGCCGACGUCGAGCCCGAUGGUGAUGAGCGCGGAGUUCAAUUUGGUCGGGAAGGGGAACCCUAGCUUCAUGCUUCAUUUCAAGCCGAGGUUUGGGGAUUUCUCGAUCAAGAAGUCGCAGGCGUCGUCGGGUUUGGAGAAGAGUAUGAAGUCGUGGCAGAACGGCGUCGCUGUGAGCUCUUCGUCGGAUGAGGAUGGGUCGCUGGAGGUUGUGGAGAAGCCCGUGUUGAACGGGAUUGGACCCGGCGGAGGGAUCGACAUCGGCGGGGUAGGGUUCAACGCCAAGAGGUUUUCCGCCCUGCCUCCGCCGACGUCGAACGCGCUCGCGGCGGCUCUAUCUGGAGUGGAAGUCACGGCCAACACGAGUCUCCCCGUGAGGAGUCACGCCGUGAUGAGUUUCAGGUGGGGGCUUAGGGUUCCGGCGGACAACAAAUUAGGGGGUAGUGUAGCUGGAGACCUCGAUUCGAUGGCUGCGGCGAUCAAUUUCAAGAGGAUCCCUUUCCUGGUGAUGAACAAGAUCGGGAUCGAACACGUCGCCCAAUCUGCUUCGAAAUCCGAACCGGCGGCGAACACCGAACCUAAGCCGGACGUGGCGGAGACUUGCUUGGCUGUGAAGCGGCAGUUGGACAUUCUGCAGAUGGAGAAUACGUCGCUGAAGAAGGCCAUGGAUGAUCUGAGGCGCGAGAUUGGCGCCAGCAAAUUCCUUGUGCCAUCAUCACCAACCCAUGAUUCUAGCUUCAGCAGCAGCAGCAGGUACAGAGAGCCGGAGAGAAUGGGAGCUAGGAACUCCAGCGGGAACCGAAAUGAGAAGAGGAGUUCCUCGGUGGAAGGCGAUGUGAGCGAGGAGCUGAAGAAAGCUCUGAAAGGAGCUGCUGCAGCAGGAGGCGGUGGUGCUUGAAUUCUCCAUUAUGGGUCUGGUUUAAAUUAGAAGAAGUGUUUUGCUGAGUUAUGUUGAUUCUGCAUGUCUUGCUUAGGGUUUAAUGGCUGGUUUUGGAGGUAGUCGUAAUGGUAAGAACUUGAUGAUUGUAUAUUGCUAUGCUUAAUAACAGAUGAAUUGAAAAGCAGGGUUUUUUUGCUUGAAAUUGAUAUGAAUUGGAUAUGGUUCCAGUAGGAAGAGCAGAAAUCAAUCAGAUGAAAGGGGAGGAAAGGUGGUGUAGAUGAAGUGUUGGAAAAUGUUCAACCUCUCUCGGGCCAGAAAGUUGUCAUAUUCAUUGGUGGCUGAAUUCUGUUUCCUGCACACUGUUGUUUGUGUUGUUAGGGUUUCUGUUGACUCCAUGGAACUUCGAGGUUUGCUGAUCGCGGUCCUUCGAUGGCCAGCUCGAGGAAGAACUUUGGUUAGGGUAUUGCAGUUGAUUGCAAUGGGUAGGGCAGGGGCAGUCCUCUGUGUGGAGGACUGAGUAGUUCUGGAAAGUUGCUCAAGUGUCUAUUAUGCCUCGGUGACAUUUGCGCGCGUCGCCUUACUUCAUCGACGUGUCGAUGAACUCAUAGGUGAUGCGUUUUGACAUUGUCUUUAACGCCUAUGCAUGUCUUAAAGGUUGUAUGCGUUUUAUCAAACAUGAUUUCUAGAGAGUUGUAAACUCAUUCCAUAUUAAAGGGUAGCAAAUGUCUUUCGGUUUUUAUUAGUCAAGUUUUUUUCUUUGUUGGUACGUCUGAACCCUGAAGCUGAGAUCAUAUUCAAAUUCAACUAUUCAUAGAUAUGGCAGGCUACAAGGCUGAUGCAAACGUCUGCUCGAUCUUCACGUACCAACGCUUUCAUACAUUAAUCGAAGAAGAAGAAGAAGAAGGCCCAUGGGCCGUUGGCGUUCAUCAAUUGGAUCCCUAAAGAAGUGGGUAAGCCCAAAUCUUAUUGGGCUUCCAAGUCAUCACCGCCACCCUGCACGUGAAAGACAGAUCACCAAGGUUGUCAAACCGCGGGUCGACCCGGACCCGGACGAGCUAGUGGGUCAUGGGUCAAUGGGUCACCCGUUUUAGCCCGGUUUAGCCCGGAAAUAUGAAAAGAGUCAAUAUAUUCUAUUUAUAUCCUGAAUCCAACAUACGGUUGCGAUGAUUCAUUGCCGGAUGCCAUUCUCAAAACCUGAAUAUCACAAAAUUGUAUUAAACUAUAGUUAUACGAAAGAAAAAAAACCAAUCUAAAAUUCUUCUUCCACAUCAACAAUCUCUAACUAACAAAUAACAAUUCAUUAA